CCUAGUAGUAGGUACACAGAGGGAUAUGGCAUGUGGAUAUGACAGUAAUUAUUUAUUCGUGACGUUCGAGGUCGAGCCGCGGUAUGUUUUCAGGAGAACUUGAAAGGUGCAUUAUUUAGAAACUUGCAGCAGCAAUAAUGACAGACUAUCAGACAGACAAGAAGAGAAGGGAAGUGCAGAUCAGAACACAAGUCAGUCAAAAGCUGGAGGAAAGUGGAGAGAGAGAUAAACUCAAAGAGCUAUUGCGUGGUCGUCUAAGAGAGUGUGGUUGGAGGGACCAGUUGAAGGACCAUUGCAGAGGUAUCAUCACUCAGAAGGGCCUCAGUAAUGUCACUGUAGAUGGUCUUAUUCAAGAAAUCACACCCAAAGCACGGGCCUCUGUACCUGAUGCUGUCAAGAAGGAGCUAUUGACACGCAUACGAGAAUACUUAGAGAAGCAAACUUAAUCACCACUUCAUGCAUGCUCUCAUUGUCAACAUUGUCAAUAAUAAUGAUUUACAAAAACUAGUUUGAACUG